GCGCCUCUACACCUGGAGGCCAUGGGAACCAAUGGGAGACAAAGCUGCUCGCGCCUUGCACGGCCCCUCCGGUAGUAAUGGCUGACUGGUGACACCCAGAUACGGCAAGUGUGAAUAGCUACCCAUUUCCUCGAACCCCAAGGAAGGAUAUAUUAUUUCCACGCAAAGGAUCAUCUAGCAAGAUGAGAGAUGGUGGCAGACCCAAGGUGUAUAAGAGUCUUCGUGGCAGCCAGAAUUCAGGAAGGAAUUCACCCUUGGUGGAAACUGCAAGUCGGAGUCUCACACAGGCUCCAUUACCCACACUCACUCGUUCCCAGGCUGGCACCACUACCUAUAUGCCAGUGCUUCAGACUGAAACUCUCCAGCAAACAUCAACCCAGUCUCAUGCUCAGUCGCAAGUCCAGGAAGAGACUAAUAACAUAGAAUCACACAGACACAUCCAAUCACACCCUCAAUCACUCAUUCAUACUCCAACCCAGCCAGUCACACAUGGAGAGACUCACAACUGUACUCAGUCACAGACACUGAUACAGGUGACACCCAGGGUUCUCACCCAGGCUCUUGUAUACUCACAUCCUCAGGUGCUUCCUCAAGUGCAUGUGAGUACACAGUCAGAGAUACACUCAUCAUCACGGGUACAGUCCCAGUCACAUGUGCACACUCAUUUGCAAGCUCCCACACAGUCUCAAGUUCUCACAUCAACACAAGUACACACUCAUACCCAGGGAAGCACACAGAUAAAUAAUAUGUCAUCAGUAUGCACACAGUCACAAGCAAAUCCUCCACCACCUCCUCAGGUACCAACACAAGCACAGAUUUAUACACAUUCACAAUCUCAGGUACAUACACAAGUACCUACAUCACAAGUACUCACUCAGGCACAAAUGCACACUCAGCCACAGACACAUACCCAAACUCACAUCCACAUACAACCUCAAGUACACACCCAUGCUCAGGUGCAUGCACACAGUCAUACACACAUGCACCUACAUUCAGACUCCCAGCUACAGAUGCAGUCGACUCCCUCAACAGAAACCCACAUUCCUGUCCAGUCUCAGCUGCAGCCUUUGCCUAUUCAGGCACAGAUACCAGCAUUAUCUCAAGUCUCACUCUCCAGUAAUCUGCCCGACUUAGUAGAUACUCCACAGAUUGAGAAUUCAUCACAGAAGAACUCGGAAGGAUUAGAAGUUGUUCACAUCCCUGUUUCAAGACAUCAUAAUUCCUCUUCUGCCAAUCUCCAAGAGCUCCACUCAUCUUCUGUCACUAUGAAUGAUGUGCUUUCCAGCAGUUCGCACACACAACUUAUGCAUACUCUUACUGCAUUUCCUUUGACAGAUACAUUGAAUAAUUCCAUCAAUAUUCAGCAGAAUAGUGCAACUCUCUCACCAGCUCUUACUCAUUCUCUUACACAGAGUCAAAUCCUGGAUGCUCUUAGUGUAGAGAGGGUGCUUUUGCCCUCCAGAAAUAGCUUGGGACAGGCAAUAGGUAGUGAGGGAUCUACAGUGGAGAUCAGUGAUUUGUCUGCAAUUCAAGGACAGGAAAACUUUACUUCCUGUCCAGAGCAACCUCCUUCUACAGCUGUUGUACACUCAGUUAAGGAAUCAGAAGUCUCCAAGUCCAUAGAUGCCUCCAAUCUGUGUGCCUCACAGAUAAAUUCCCAGCAGAUAAGUGCACCACAGUUGAGUAAUUUGCAUCUUUUAGCAGAGGACAAUGUUGAUGCUUCUCUCUCAGAGAAGGUCUCCACUGCUACCACUACCACCUCAUCAAUAAUUGCUUCCAAUCGCAUGUUGAACAAACUCCUGGACUCUACCAAGCCUCACAUUCCAUCCCAGGUGAGCAAGGCAGCUGAGAUAGCACAUCUUGUGCCGAAUCCUACUGCUCGACUCUCUUCCAGCUCUUCUGCUCGAUCUGGGGAGAUAGAUGGUGCAGAAAUAGCCUUCACUGUUUCAAGCUGUGGCUCAAAUUCACUUAGUUCAACUCGCAGCUGUAUGGCCAGCAUGUGUACAGUUACUACCAGUGUGACUGGAGCCAGUGGAGAAAUGGGAAACAAGGCAUUGUCAUCUUCAUCUAGUGAUAGUAUCUUCAAUUUGCCAACAAACUUUCCUGCUUCGAGUGCUACCCUGGUGGUACCUACUUCUGUCUCCCAUGGCCAGAUCAUAUCUCAGAGACAUAUAGAUGCUGUUCAUCAAGCUCUGAUAAGCUCUCAAAGCACACCCAACAUUGGUGAACAACAUUUAGAAGGAUUAAAUACUAUUGGUUUAAGACAUUUUUCCCCAACAUCUAACAUGUCCCAAAAUCCCACAGUAUCCAGCUGCAGUGUGUCUAAUGUCAGUAACAUUGCCAUUGUGUUGCCACCAGACAAAACUGCAAGGAAAGUAGUGUCUAGUUUUCAGCCAAGUAAUCUGACUAAAUCAUUCAACUUGAUGGGAAUUCCAGAAGGGCUCAGCAAAGGAGGGACUUUGUUGGACACCAGUCCUCGGUUUCAGAAUGGUUCCUGCACUAAAUCAGGUCUUAUUACUUCUACUGAUCCUAUGUUUACAUCUGUGGCAGUUACAUCUAGAUGCUCUUCCCCAGCUUCUCUUGGUUCAGUAAUAACAACAAGAUCUGGCACUACUUCCCAUGAGGGAUCAGGGAGGGUUAAGGCUGCUCUCUCAGAUACAAGAGUUUCUCAUCAGACUCUAGUUGACCUUCUUAGCAGAGCUCCAGCUUCUGAUGGAGUAGUUAGUAGUGGUGGAACAGGCAUGUCCCUUAUGUGUCUGCCUGAUUCUCGGCUUCCCCACACUAGUGAUGUACUAUUGUCAGAGCUUCAUCGUAGUGAUGAAAGUGACCUAAGCCUUGGGGCUACACUGUCCUCCACCACAGGUGAGGAAAUCCACAAUGCAAGUGGCCUGGCAACAGAAGCAUCACUUGUCACUGGUAUGGGAGGGGACUCUGCCCCUUUGCAAGAACUGCCUUCCCCUCCCCUCUCCAGUUUCAAUUUGCCAAAUAUUGCAGGAGACUUUAUGGUUAAUGAAGUGUCUGGAAGUAAGAACUGUCAUCCGAGUCAGGCACAACUCUCAGCAUUGCUCUCAAACCUCCCUACAACUGACUUUGACAGAUUUCUUGAUAAUUCUAACACAAGUAUGUGCAUAGACAUAAGUCUAUCUGACUCUGAAGUUUCACUUAAUGCUGAAUCUUCCUUUACUUACUCUCCAGGCAAGUCACAUGUCCAUAAGAAAUCACUAUCAACUACAGCUUCAGAGCUAACUUUUACCAGUGCCCUUAAAGCUGUCACUACAAAAUCUGGUAGUGAGGAGGGAAAGCUACCCUCUGAUCAUGAAUCUCCCUGUAAAUUACUGAACCAUGAACAACCUGCUUCAGUACAAGAGCUACCCAAGUCUCUUAAAGUUAAUUCAGUGUCAGAUACUUCAGACAGUCUCCCAACCCAAGAAAGCCUGAAUCCAAUUAUAGAAAAAACAGAAACACCCUCAGUUAACAUUUCCAAAACAAAUAUGAAAAUACAAAACAAGUCUCAAAGUCAAAGAGGAAAGAGAAAAGAAGUACUUAGGAAAAAUGAACUUUUGGUGCAGCAGGUGGCAUGUUAUAAGUGUCGUUUGUGUUCCUUUCUGAAUCAAGAUAAAAAUGAGAUGGUUAUCCAUAUGAGAGAACAUCACAGCCAAUACUAUUCUGAUACUGAGGAAUCUGAGGAAGAAGUUGGGCAAAGGGCAACGUCUAAGAAAGUUAAGGUACUGAUGCCCCAGAGUGAGUGUGAGCAACCUGAAGGUACAAGUAGUAACCAUGAGGCUAAAAGGUCUGUCAGAGUUAACAGGGAGAACAAUAAAAAAAACAAGACAAACCAAGAGUCUGCUAAAGAAAGAAGCCACCUGGUGAAGGAAGAAAAUGAAGAUGUAUCAGGAAAGGUAGGCAUGCAUAUCAAAAGUGAACCAAGAGAUGUGGGUGAAUUUGAAGGUUGCCUUAUUGAUGAGGAGGAAGAAGAAAAUGCAGGUCUGACCAUUGAACUUGGUGAAAGUGUAGGGAAUAUCACAGGUAGUGAGCAGGAAUAUGCAGAGGAAGAUGAUACUAACGACAGCACUGUAACCAGUGAGAGUGUCAUCACGACUACAAAAGUUAGUGGCAUACAAACCAGCCAGUUUCCAGGUUUGAAAAACAGGAUAGGCAUCAAGAGGAAAAAUGCCAAAAAGUCAUCAGAUGACACAGCCAGCAUUCGCUGUGAUGUGAAUGGGUGUGGUGUGCGUAUGAAGAGUGAAACAAACAUAAUCUAUCAUCGCAAAUGCCAUGUCAACUCCAUGCUGCAGUGCCAAGAGUGCCUUUCUACCAAGUUUCAAGGUUGGCGAGACUUAGCUCUUCACCUAUGGAGACAUCAUCUCAUUGACAUGGAGCUUCAUAAGUGUGACAAAUGUGACUACAAAUCCUACAGCUACAGCAAACUGAUGAAUGUUCACCACAAGAUCCACAGUGAUGAGCGCCCAUCUCUUUGUGAUAUUUGUGGUAAACGCUUUAAAACACCAAAGCAGCUUCGCAACCAUAAGACCCUGCAUAUGAAGAAAACUGAAGCCCCUCAGCACCAGUGUGAGAUUUGUCAUCGUCCUUUUUCUGACAAGAGGAUGUUGAGAAAUCAUCAAGAGUCUGUUCAUAAGAAAGUGAAGCCUUUCCUUUGUAACUACUGCGGGUAUUCAACUGCUUCUCGCUCCACUCUCAAGAUGCACAUGCGGCAGCAUACAGGUGAGAAGCCAUUUGCCUGUGAAAAGUGUAAGUACCGCACUUCUGACCAUAAUUCUCUGCGGCGACACAAGAUGCAACAUUCAGGUGUUCGGCCAUAUCGCUGCCCCUACUGUGACUAUGCUUCUAUUCAGUCCACUACCUUCAAAGUUCAUCUCAAGGAUAAGCAUCCUGGCCUGGCUCAAAUAGAUGGCAUCAUGUUCACAUGUGGUGUAUGCUCCUUCAAGACUGUAAAGCGAGACAAUUUCCUUGCACAUGUAGCAGAGCACAGCAGAGGAGAAGGCAGGAAACGACAGCCAGUCUCCCCAGCUUCAGUCAGCAAGACUGAGGAACCUCAGGGUAUUUAUGGAGAUUUGGCACCCUCUGCUCCUCAUGUUGUCAAUAUUGAUGUUGAAAGUGGCACAGUUACUGUUGAAAGUCCACAGGACUCAGAUUUUCUCAGCUCUGUUCAUAUGCAGGCACCAGUUCCUGGGCAAGUGAUCAUGGCAGGUGACAAGUAUAUAUAUGCUGCAGUGGAUUCCUCUGUUCUAUCUCAGGUGAGAUCCGGAGAGAGAAUAGUACAACUGUCUCAGGAUGUGGUUGGAGUUCCAUUAUCCCUUCCUUUGGAGACCUCCACAGCCUCUCCUUUGCAGGGUUUGGUUUAUGUGGCCACUACCAGUCAGACUGGAGUAUGCAGCAGUGGUGUGGUCUCCGCAUAUGAAGAAAGACUUAAAGAAGUUGGAAAGAAUUCAGAGGACAUCUACAAGGAUGGUACCGGAGCUGAAAGACCUAACGUACGAAGACAGGUUGAAGGAAUUGGGACUGCCAACUUUGGAGGGCAGUAAUCCUAGUGAGAGGUGUUACUGACUGAGGUUGAUGGGGGUGAGAAGUGGAGCUACCACCACACAGCCAUUCUCUAGAGUUUAUGGCAUAUAUACCUUCAGGAUGCUGGCUUUUAACAAAGACCUCGCCCAUCCAUGUAUGGAAUGCACCUUGUGUGGGAGAAAGCUCCACUCAUACAACACUUCUAAACAGCGACUAGGUGUUGACUCGGUGUUGGAAGUCGCCCGUGCAGAAGCGUACUAUCUCCAUCCAGCCAAUGAGAGACCGCGGAGUGCUGUGACGUUAGAGCGCUGAGCCAAUGAGAACGCCGUAUCUUCUCCCGCCUCAGCCCCGCUCUGCCUCAAUCUAGUUGCACUCAUGCCCCAAAAUGCCCAUCCAUUCUACCGGUCUAUCAUCGACGCCCAAGCAGGUUCUCCUUCCCAGUGGCUGAGACAAAGCAAGAAUAGGAACAUGUCAGGAAUGGGUGAUCAAGAUUGUCAUCCAGUUACUAUCUGUCUCAUCAUAGAUUUUGCUCAUAUAUGAGUUUGAGCUGUUGACUUGCCAAGAGAUUUUUUUUUUUCAAUUAAAAAAAUUUUUUUAUUUUAUUUUGUUUAUUUUAUUUAGUUUUUACUCAGUUCAGACCAUCUUCCUGGGCUUAGUAGCCUCCUUCUGUAAUCAGAGUUUGAUUGUACAUAUUCACACCACAUUUAGUAGGUUUUGAAAUUGAAAGCUCAAUUUUUUUGUUGUGUGUUCAAUAUAAAAAGUAAGGAACAUUUUUUUUUUUAACAAUUACAUUCCAUGGUAUUCCAGUUAUCAAGGAGUCAUUCAUGAAGUUAUUCGUUUUAAUUGAGUUGAUAAUCUCACCAAGAGGAAUGUACCAAGUGCCUUCCUUCAGGUACUUUUUUUUUUUUUUUUUUUCAGGACUGUUGUUGGGGAUAUUGUUUCCAUGAGAGGCUGUGACUAGGUUAAUAAGAAAGGCAAGUAAAGGCCAGUAUAACUGGCCAUCUGUACAGGUUCACUGGCUUUAUGAUAGUCAUAAAAGUUUUUGGUGCUCCUAACAGAUCACUGCCCUGUCGUAAAUAAACUGUGCAUUAUAAUAUUUGAUUACCACAGAUAUUUAACACAUUUGGUAGCAAACUGUCCAUAUAUUUGGUUUGAUAUAAUGACAUCAUGCCUUGAAUACAGAAAAUAGUGAGCCAACCAGGAUUUAAAUUAAUUACUAUGUACUAGAAUUAUGUACCCAAAGAAUUUUUUUUUUUUUUCAUGUAUCAAUCAUUCACCAUCCUUAAGAGUAGGAAACAGAUUGCAUGGCAUAUUAUGUAUUCAGGUCUAUGUGGGAAAAAUGUUUUCUUGCUUCAGGAGUAACACAUUCCAUUUCCAGUGAUGGUGGUAUUUUGCAUUACUAUAAGAAAAAAAAAUUAAAAGAUUUGCUCAACUUUGUUGCAUGUAGAGUAGUCCCUCAUAUUUUAGUAUUUAUUUAUUGUUCUAAUGAUAAGGUGGAUAAUGUGCACUUUGUUACUGAACAGUAUGAUAAUUUAGUAUAUGAAAAAAAAAAAAAAAAACUGCAGUUAAUAUGCCAAUAUCUUACAAGUGCCCAUUUGGCCCUGCCCAUGUGAUGGCUGUAGUGUUACACUUUUCCUUUAGUAUGUUCAAUAUUUUAGAUAGUACAGUGACACACUCAUUAAGGUAUACUCAUCAAACUGUUGGCAAAUAUGUAACAUGUGAUAUUAACUUAUCAAUUCUUUGCUUUCACUUCACAUUCAGAGGGCUGCAUCAGUCAUCUAUCUUUGAUGUUUUCAGAGUUGAUUGGUAAGUACCUUAUAAUCACUAUAAUCCCUUUUUUCAAAAAUACAUAUACCAAAGAGUCUACAACAAAGUGUAAAUAGGGGAAUGAGAUGGCAAAGAUAUAUACUAUAUUUAGUUAGAA